AUGGCAGGAAAAGAUGCCUCGUUAUCUUUCAUCACAGGGGAUUUUAGAGAAACUGAACUGACAGAUGACGUUUCUAAUGUGUCUCCAUUGCAGCUGGUUGCUUUAUAUGAGUGGUUAUCCUUUUAUCAGAGGCAAUAUCAACAUGAUUCCUUAUUGGGAGGUAUUAUACAGAAAGUGGGGAGCCUACAGAGCUAUUACUGCAAAUUGAGGCUUCCCUGGCAGAAGGCCGCAGACUCAAAGCAAAAUCUGAAGCUGAAAAGGCCCUCUUUCCACUAUGUAAUUCAGAAUGGAGUGGUUCAACAGGACGAGUCUGGUGCUCUACAAAAAGUGGUGGAGUGGAGCGAGAAUGGGCUGGUGUCCCUCGGCAGCUGUAUUCUCCUGGGUCCAGCAUUGCCCGAUGUGUCUGCGUUGAACACCCAUCUGAACAUGAUCCUAAUGUAA